GCAAAAGAAAACACAAAUUUGACUCCAUGAAUUUGAAGCCAUUAGGCAGGCAGAAGAGGAGAUAGGAAGGGACAGCAAAGAGCAGCCAUGGCUUCUUGCUCCUCUUUGAACUUCACAGCUAUCUCCUCAAACCCCCAAAAGCUUCCCUCUUCAUCAAUAUCUUCUCCCACUGUUCAGCGGCCCUUCAUUUCCCACUUGUCAUUUUCUAAAUCUUCUUCCCUUCAUUCAGAUCAAAUCCCUAUCAGGACUCAUUGCGGGAAACUCCGCCAGCCAAAUGGUGCCGGUUUUGUGGUUCUUGGAUGUUCUAGAAAGAAGGAACCUUUGAGAAUAAUGAUAUCUGGUGCUCCUGCUUCUGGAAAAGGAACACAAUGCGAGCUCAUUACCCAAAAGCCGGAUGAAGCUGGGUGCCUGCAACAAGUUCACAUUAUCAAUAUCAAGCUGUAUGGUUUGGUGCAUAUUGCUGCUGGAGAUUUACUGAGGGCAGAAAUUGCUGCAGGAUCUGAAAAUGGAAAGCAGGCAAAGGAAUACAUGGAUAAAGGAAAACUGGUACCAAAUGAAAUUGUUGUGGCGAUGGUUAAAGACCGAUUAAAUGGUCCAGAUUCACGCGAGAAGGGUUGGCUUUUAGAUGGAUACCCUCGGAGCUCUUCUCAAGCCAUAGCACUCAGAGAAUUUGGCUUCCAACCAAACCUCUUUAUUCUUUUGGAAGUACCUGAAGAGAUUCUUGUUGAGAGAGUGGUUGGUCGUAGGCUAGAUCCAGUAACAGGGAAAAUUUACCAUUUGAAGUAUUCUCCCCCAGAGACGGAAGAAAUCGCUUCUAGGGUCACUCAGCGCUUUGAUGACACAGAAGAAAAGGUAAAAUUGCGUUUGCAAACUCACCGUCAAAAUGUGGAAGCAGUUCUUUCAACGUAUGAAGAUAUCACAGUCAAGGUGAACGGAAGUGGUUCCAAGCAUGAGGUAUUCGCUCAGAUCGAUGGUUCAUUGACACAGCUUCUAGAACAAAAGCAAGAAAAGUUGGGAACAGUGGCAGCAUAGAGGAACACUAAACAUCUGCAUGUAAAGACUCGGGAUAUUAUCCAAGGUGAAGAAAAGAGUCUAAUCAUAGGAAUGCAUUUUGAAUUUAUCAUGAAUGUCAUUCUUUAUUGUCAUUUCUCUUAUAUUAAUAAUUAUUAUGCUGAAAUAUUCAUUCAUAUUCAUGUAUAGAUGAGAUGAGAAUAAGUAAAAAAGAAGAAAUUAUUUCUCUGGUGGGCAACAUCUCAUGUUAUUUUUACAACUCUUUUGUAUAAUUGGAGUUUUGUACAACAGUA